GUGAGAGGGAAACCGUUUGCUACAGUUUUUUGAGUAUCUUAUGAAAAUUUCCCCUUAUUGCAUAUCACCAGUAACACAAUCGACGCGUUGUAUCUAACAUCGGGCGCUACCUCUAUAUUCGAGUGCGUGCGCUUUUUCUUAUCCUCUUGUUUUUGACUCUUCCUUCUGGAUUAACCCGAAAGGGGACACUAUGGGUUUUCAUUUCAACAAAGUUGCAGGUGUGUGAGUUUGAGAAUCUAUUGAGAAAUAUUGUGAACUGUUUGUGAAAGUGCAUGAUGAAGAUAGUCUGUAUUUUAAUCCUCAUCUCCUUCCUACAUGUGGAGGGUCAACGAAGGACACAAACGAGGCAAGAAGCGUCAAAUUCAGAUCCUUCACCAGUACGAGGACGAGGAAGGUCCAGAUUUACCAACACAGAAUCAGAAUAUUCACCCCCGUCAGAAACAUCAAAUAGAAGAAUACCUUCUAGAAGAAGACAAGAUACUCGAACCGCUGCACCUGUAGAAAAACCAAACUAUCCUGUACCCCUAUCGUCAACUCUAAGCUAUGCUGUCCAAGAAAUGGUGGAUGAGGGUGGUGCUACACCAAAACUGAAAGCACUUCCAGAACCUAACUUCGAACCUCAGCACAGUUCUUCAAAAUCUAUGGAAACUGAUCCCCAAUUCGCAGAAGGACCUAACUCAGCAGAAUCUAGCGUAGAAAAGUUUUCUGAAGAACAAGAAAUUCCGACUGUUAAAGUUGGCACUGAUAAAUCUUCCUUAUUCAGAGAAGAUUUAGAAGACAUCCAGCCAAAAGUGAAUGAAAAAGUUGUACCUAUUACAAGGAACAAUGUGAGAAGUAGUGGAAGUAGAGAGAUGGAACGAAGAUCUGAUGUGAGAAAUGGGGCCUCCAGAUCUGGAAAUGAAAGAGGAUUUAGAAAUGGCAACGCUAGAAUAACAAACGAUAAUAUUAUUCCUAACUCUAGAGGUGGUUCUUCCCGUUCAAGGAAUGAAAAUACAUAUACUUCAUCCAGAAGAUCGUCUGUAAUUGAAGAGUCAAGAGCACUUCCAAAACAAGAUUCCUUUAAUGAAGUACCUCCUCUUAGAGACGAUAAUCCAAGUCUUGUAAACAAAAUAUCCGAUCCCAUCAAAGACGAGGCUGAACUGAGAAAAGAAAUAGUUAGAAACUCAAUGCCCAAACUACCACCUCCAAUUGGUAUACCCGAAAUUCUGAGUCAACCUCCACUCCCUAAGAAAACUAUUAAAAAAACCAUAAGAACUAGACUCAAUACUAACUCAAGAAAUGAGGAAGUUUCCAUACCACCAAGAGGAAGAUCUAAUAAGAAUGUUGUAGAAAAUUUCGAAUCGGUUCCUAGAGUUUCUCCUAGAACAUUAGAAGAAUAUAGCGCAUCACCAAGAGGACGAUCUGCCAGUGAAGAUACGCAACAGGUGAGGAGUAGAAGUAAUACUACUCCAAGAAACAAUGAUGCAGUCACAUCAGGCAGAUCAAGAACACGGGCAACCAGAAAGCCUGCUGAAGUAGUACCACAAACAGUUACUAUUCCAUCCAGAAGAAAUGGAAGGAAAAGAGCUGAUUCACCAUCUACAACAAGUGCACCAGCUCCAAGAAGAGCUUCAUCCGUUUUCUCAGCAAAGGAGGAAACACCUUCAAUCAGAUCGAGGACUGGUAGAAAAAUUGAAGCAGAAGUGCCGAAAUCACAGUUAGACCUGACACAGAACUCUAGAUCUGUGAGUAAUAGAGGAAGAAGUAGAGGAAGUUCAGUAGCUCCAGACCAAGUGAGCAGUGGUACUAGUAGAAGACAAACUUUCAGAUCUAGAAACGAAGAUCAGGUUACGAGACCUUCACGUCAAAGAUUCAAUGCUGGAUCCCCUUUAAAUAUAGACGAAUCUAAACUGGAGGUCCUUCCUCUUUUUGAGGGAGAGACAAAAAUCAUUUCCGACUCUGGAAGAAAACCAAACCAAUUGGAUGAACUCAUUCAUUCAGCUACAGAAAGUGAGAACAAAGUGAUAAAUCCACCUGCUUCUACGAUACCAUCGAUUUCUACGCGUUCAGAUGUUUCCAUCUCGAGUAGGGUAUCAAGUAUGAAAGUUAGGAGAAAACCGCAGAGGAAGACAGAAAUCAAGGAGUCAGUUGAAUCUCAGGUUACAGAGGUUACUUCUAAGAGGACUGUUACAAGAAAACCCAUUGCAAGGCCUGGUGGUAAAAGAUUGGCGAACAAAAAGUCCUUGGAAGCAAAAUUGAAUGGACUUACCAGCUCAGAAGAGAACAUUAGUGAUUCAGAUAAUUAUCCAGCGCCCUUCAAAGCCCUCAUCCAUUCCAAAAAACAAGUUAAAGAGUCAAGGCCGUCUAACGUACCAGCAGAAGACACCAAAACGAAGAAGAUCGACAAAAUCGUGAGUUCUUCCGAAGCACCCAGAUCAGUGUUGGCUUCUCCGAAUGUACCAUCGAGAACCACGACCUAUCCAAUAAAAUAUGUAGGAGGAGAAUUGGACAACGAAGUUCGGCCUAAGACUUCCACUACGUCGACAACAUUCAAACCAACGAAAAAACGACUGGCUCCAAGUUUCAAAAACCUUGGGUUGAAAAAUAAAAAAACAAUGGCAGCUUCCGCUGAGAAAAUAGUGUCCAGGUCUACUUUGAAACCAACAAAGGAACCAAAAGAAAACAAGUUUCACUCUAAGUUCAAUUCAGCCACGAAGGAAAUUUCUGUAUCAAGUCCGAAACCAUUCAGUGCUACCAAAGGCUUAUAUUCCAAUCGAAAGAAUAAAGAUAAUGAAAAAUACUCACUCAACAAAACCAGGAAUGUUGUUGAUAUUGGAAGUAACCGUGGACAGUUAACAAACACUCCAAUUCAGAAAAGCAGUCGCUAUAGCUCAAAAUAUAGAUCCAGUGGAUCAUCUAGGUCAGCUCCAAGAACUUCAACUGCUCCACCAGCGUAUAUACCUACUAUACCUUCAGUACGAUCAUAUAGUGCAACGGCAAAGCUACAAGAAGAUCACGAUCUAGGAAUAGAAUAUAUAACAUUCGAUAUUCCAAAUCGAAGCAUAUCGUCAGCUAACUUGAUAAAGGGAGAUUAUCCAGGUUCUGAGGAUACUAAUUCUAACUCUUUGGACCCCAAACAAGCAAAAGGCAUUCAAACUACGGAGAAACCUGUAUCCAUCAUAGAGAGAAUCAUAAAUUCGAUAACUGGAAUAAAUAUAACGACAGAGCCAACGAAUGUCAAUUUCGUUUCUCCCUCAUCACCAGAGCCGACAAAGAGCUCAGCUAUUCUUAGUCUGGCGCCAAAGAAAUCUAUCGAAAAAUCAUCAAGAACAGACGACUCGACACAACAAAAACUCAAAUCGAACAAGCGAGACGCUUCGACGAGCGAAAAACCAACGACAAUCAUACAAAGAAUAUUAGAUUCGUUAUCAGCUAUUCAGGCUACUACUACUGAAACAACCACAGUUGUUACGACAGACAAUCCAAAACAAGUAGGUACCAAUUUUAACACUCUGAGCGCUAUAACCACUACACCUAGUCAAUUAGAUUUAGAAAUUGCAUCUUUUUCUUCAACACCGGCACCUAGCACUACUAUGAAUCCACUAGUGGUACUUGAUACCAUAUCAGACGAGCAAGUAUUGCAGAAGCGAACGAUCGGAAAACUCUUGGACAUUUUAAAUUCUUUAACAACCCAACAUCCCGACUCUACUAAACUCCCCGAACCAACUAAAUUGGUUUAUGUGACUCCUAAACUUUCUAACUAUAUGUACGCUACACCUUCUGUGACUCCUUCAGUUACUUUGAAAUCUUCCACUGGUGAAAAUUCUAAUGAAUCUUCUUCUGAAUCAUUCACAUCUACACCUGAAGUUAACAUGACUGGUACCACCACUACCGACCUAUCAGAAACAACCACAACUAUGUCUUCAACGGCUGAUGCACCUUUAUCUAUAUCAUUAGAUGUAUCCACUUCACCACAAUAUAUAGAAGAUAACAUACUCUUUUCAACCACACCAAGAAGUCAUCCGAUUAUAAUGAAUAUCAAAAGCCUUCUCGCUCUCAAUGGUUUCUCUACUACAUCCACUCCAACUAGUACUUCCACAAAUAGCUUUACCACAACUAGAAAAACGACAUCAGAAACAAUAACUUCUGAAAUACCAACUGCAACGUCUCUUUUCACUCCUGCUAUGAGCACCACUCUGAAACCAUUGACUACCACAACUUCAGAAACUACUACUACUUUGAUGACUAAUACACCAUCCAUGACUACUAGUAUUACUACCACAUCUUUCCCAAUGAUGAAAUCUUCUACUGAAGAACCACUUAAUACUUCAGUAACUACCAUUACAUCAAUGGAAAUGACUUCAAGUACUGCUUCACUUCCAAGUACUACUAUUUCCAUAUCUUCAACAAAUGAAGUACCAACAAUUUCAUCGACAGAUGAUCCUUCAAUUUCAGUUGAAACGUCUACAGUACGAGAAAAUACAAUAUUAACAGAAGGUUCCACUGAAAAAGGAAUUGAUAUCCCUGAAGGAACUACUAGUCAAUCUAGUACAGAAAAUAUUUUCUCAUAUUUCUCGACCAUACCAACAUUUUCUAGGUUUGAAGUAAGUCCAGAUAGCGUAUCUAUAUUUUCUGCUAAUGAUUUAAUUUCGAAUGCUAUCACGCCUGAUGAUUUUUUGACUAGUACUAUUUCCAUCCCUGGAAAAACUCAGGAUAGUUUUUUGACGACUGGAGGAAUCACUGAUUCGACCUCAGAUGACAAAGACUCACAAAAUACAUUUGAAACAUCUACAAAAGCAACAAAUUCUCCAAUUGGAUUUGAUUCUUCUACUAUUCAAGGAAGAAUAACAAGUACACCAACAGUAACUGUUCCAACAACUAGUUCAGAUACUCAGCAAACAGCCUCUGAAUCUACUACAUUACCAACUGAAAUAAAUGCCACCACAAUUUCAAUGACAGGUUCAAAUGAUCAGAACACAACAUCUGAACCUUCCAUAUUACCAAUUGACACAACAACUAUCACUGUUACAACGACUGGUUCAAUUGUUCAGAAUACAACAUCUGAAUCUACCACAUUACCAAAUGAAAACAACACAACCACUUUUUCGUCUGUAACCACUGUUAAUACUUCUAACACACCGUCUUCUACUACCACACCUUCUAUUGCCAAUGGUACCACUCCUGUUUCUGGACGUAUGGGAAAAUUGCUGCAGAAUGUAGAAGACGAAGUAUCGAAUAAUAUUGAUACUUCAUCUAUGGGCCCAGAUUACUUCAUAUUCGCAGUAUUACCGAAUAACACAAUUUUAAGAAAAAGGCCUCUUGUCUACCCUAAAGAAACACCAUUUGUGAUUGUUGGAGUGUAUCCUAACAAUACUGUCAUUAGAAAGUACCCAAAUGGUACCCUUAUUCCAAUGGAACCUGUAAUAAGGGUAAGCGGUUUCGAUACUAGAGCAAAUCCUCCACCUUUGCAAGAUAUAACAAGUAACCAAGUAACACCAGACCAAGGCAACGAAAUGGAUAACCCCAAUAUUCAAAUGGUGAGCACAACCCUCUCAAGUUCUGUAAAUAGUAUGAAUACUACCACAAAUAAACCAGAAACUAUACCAACCACUGCUGGGAUGACAGCUCUAAUUGAUUCAACAACUGUUGAAUCUGUUACUAGAGAAGAACCAUCUUCUAAUACUGUCAUUCCCGACAAUGUAAUUAGCAGUUCUACACUUGCUCCUUCCACAACUUUGCCUUCGUUAUCAGAAUUGCUUAACGGAAAAACUGUCCAAGCCUAUAAUAGCCUUGUAAAUAAUACACCCCCUGUUCAGGAAUCAACAACAAAGGUUGAAGACAACGCAAUCGGAAGUUCAACAAUUACAGUCCUCCCUACAGUGACUGUUACACCUUUGAGUAUUUCUAGUACACCUUCGUUCUUAAGUACAUUAAUAUCAACUCUACAGUCAAUAGGAACAACACGGUUUCCUGCUAAUCCGACUACACAAAUUCCCUUCAGAUUCUCGUCGACAUAUCGGGCACCUUUAACGACAACUAUUUUAACUACUACUGCUGCAACCACAACAACAUCAAUUCCCACUACCACAGCAGUUCCAACUACAAAAAAAAUGGAGACAACGACAGAAGGAACAACUACUACUGCAAGAGCAACCACUACAACAGUUCCAACUACAAGAAUAGCGGAAACAACGACUAAGAGAGAAAGAACCACCACUACAAGAACAAUAACUACAACCGUUUCCCCAAUAACUAGUCCUCCUAUUACAACUAUAAUUUCAACAAGUACUCCAGCGGUUAUGAUGAGUGAGAUGGACGAUUCUUCAACACCCCCUGCAUUCACCAGUAAACCAGCAGUUUCCUCGAGAACUGGGAAAGGACUACUAUCUACCACCGUUUUCCCAUAUUUCAAUCCUAGUGACUUCCCUCUAUUGUCACUGUUUAGCACUGAAAGGCCUAGAAGAACUAAUAUCGAUUUGAGUAGUACAGUGAAAACUACAACUAUACCGACAACUACUACUGUUCAAACAUCCACAACUGAAAAAGAAAUAACGACUGAGAGUUUAGAAGAACUUUUGAAGAAACCGAUAGAUAGCAUAAAACCUAAAAAGAAGUUGACAGAACAACAGAAGCAAGAUUUGGAGAUGAUAAGACGUUUGGAGCAAGAACAGGCAGCAAUAUUGAAACAAUUAUCUCUGCUAACUAAUUUGAACUUGAACGGUUUUGGAAAUGGACAAUCUGGUAAUCUAGCAAACAGGAUUAUUUCUCUAGCGAAGGACAGAGAUAGUCGAAAAGUUAAAACUCCUAGAGCCACAACAACUCCAAAAGCCACAACAACUCCAAAAGCAACAACAACUACUAGAGCCACUACUACGACAGAAGUAACAACAUUAAAAUCAGACGAUGAAACAGAAAAGGAAAGAAUGAGGCAAAUUGAAAAUUUGAUAAAAUUGUUGAAUAUGAAUGGAGUGACACCAUCUCCACAGAAAGAAACAACGUAUGGUACAUCUAAUGAUGCUAUUCUUGCUGCUCUUCUGAAGGAGAGAGGCAUUGGCCCAUCUACUCCUAAACAAUUAGCAAAGCAAUUGGAUCAAUCGGGAUUUUUCACUCAAAAAGAUGAGGUAACAACGAUGAAACCAACUAGAAGAACUACAAAAAAACCAAAAGUAACUACUCAAGCUACUCGAGGACCCUUACUCCAACGACUCGGUUGGCUCCUCGAUGCAAUUGCUCCUCCACCAACAAAAGCACCAACUCGAAAAAUUAAACCUACAACUAAAAAACCUAAACCGAAAGUUGUUGACGAGGACAUUCUCACCAACGAACCAACACAUAUAACACCUGUUGUUUCUCCGCCACCUAAAACGCAAAAACAAAACUCAUUAUCACAGGAAGAUAUACAAAAACUGAUUAAACAACUCGAAGCGAUCCAAAAAGAUCCAUCGGCAGCCAAAAAUUUGGAUUUGAGCUCUUUUAAGAGCCUUCAAAGUUUGAAUAGGGAGAAUGUUCAAGUGUUCAUGCCUGGAUCAAGCGGAGUAUCUGAAAGAGAAACAAGACCUGUGACAAGAGCAAUUUCUCAGAGGAAGAGAGUAACAACUACUGAAACAACGACCAAAAGUAGGAAAUCGGGUAGUAGAGCUGUAAGGACUUCAACAAUUUCUCCUGUUUCCGUCAGUAAUAGUAUAUCGGACGAUAUUGAGGAUGAAACUCCAACAACGAGAGCAAGACCAACCCUUCCUCCAGUCAGAUUGAGACCAGUUAGUGGAGUUUCUGAUGAAGCUGGUUCUAUGGUGAGAGGUAGACUUCUGAGCGCAGCAGUUAAUGUAACUAGAGCCAUUUCUGGUUUCUUGGGGUCAGCAUUUCAGGAUGCAGUAAAAAGUUUAGGCAGAACAUUAUCCAGUGGAUCUUUGAAUUUUGCAGGAAGUAGUUCUAUUCCUACAAAUAGGGAAGUUCCGUCUAUUGACGGAGAUUAUUCUUAGUCGACAUGAACUACAAUGGUAAACUGAUAAACCCAUGAAUGCUGCAACUUCCUUUCAAACCAUAAUGGGUUCUGGAUCAAGAAUUGUUGGGAGUGUUGCUAGAGGUUCCUCAGCCAACGUUGCAGAUGGCGAAUAGUAAAGUGCUAUAUUAUGUAGCUAAGUCCUAUUUAUUUUACUGAUAAGAUUUUGUAACUAUUUGUCUUUUUUGAGAAUACGAUUUUCUCAUUUUAUUUCGUGUAUAAGCGGUAUUGUUUAUAGUAAAUGAAAUGACUGAUAAUUAUUAUAUAUGCGAUGGAUGUAAAUGAUACUGAGUAUCAAAGUUGUGAAUGAAUUUUGUAUUUUAAUUCGAAGGGGUGUGUAUAACAAAAAUAAGUUUAUAUUUGCUCAUUUUUUUACAAUGAUAUGUUUAUUGUCGAUUUAGUAAUGAAACCAGCUGAACUAAUACUCAUUUACUUCAACUGUACAUAGAGUUAGUGGAGUUAUUAAUAAGCUUAGAAUAAGCUGAUAGUAAAAUUUGUAAAAAAUGUUGUUGUAGUUGAUACAAUUGAAUUGAUUCACUUUAUAGAACCAUAAAACAUCGGCCCAAAUAAAGAUGAUUUAUUAUUUUUUA